AUGCGCCGAGUAUGGGAUAUGUGCGUGGAAAGUGUGAAAGACAUCGCAACCGCAACCACUUCAAGAGCGGAGUUAUCAAGCAAGCAAAAGCCCUCAAGAUACAAAAAUUACGGUGUCCCUCGUCAAUCUCCUUUCAUCGAUACACCUCCCGGAGUCGCAAACAUCGCAACCGCAACCACUUCAAGAGCGGAGUUAUCAAGCAAGCAAAAGCCCUCAAGAUACAAAAGUUACGGUGUCCCUCGACAAAAGGGCUAUGUAGCGAG